CCAUGUGCAUAACAAAUAGGGUCGUCACGAGAUUCGAACAGAAGACCUCUCGGUACCAAAAGACUCUUAUAACAUUUCAAACACAAUUGUGUGUAUGGAUCUUAACCACUUUCUUGCACGCCCCCUUCAAACGAAAGCGAGAUUGAGGUUUGCACAAUCCCACCAUACCUCUUGCUUUUAUCAACUGUUAAUAUUGGUGGUUAUAGAGAUUUGAAUACACGACCACAUGACCAAACCAACUAUGAUAUCAUAUUGCGGACCUGGAAUUGGCAGCGGCGGGACAACAAUGGAUGAAAGAAAUGGCGGCGGCUUGCAGCGUCGUCGGCAGGGACGGACCUACUUGGGAGAAUGGUUUGCCAGUUGACAAACCUUAAAUUCAAAAUUUGAACAAAAAAUUUGUGGAAAAUUUUAUUUUAGUGAUGGUAGUAUUUGAAUUCGAAAGUAUUUGACAACCCUUAGAUGUUUUGGUCCAUAGGUGAAUACCCUUGAUGAAAUUUCUGGGUCCGUCACUGGUCGUCGGCGCCCUCAUAAUCACGAUCAUGUUCACCGCCGCGCUCACGGUCCCCGGCGGGAACAAGGACACAGGCCUCCCGACCCUCCUCGAUGACAGAGCGUUCAAGAUCUUCAUGAUAUCUGACGCGAUCUCCCUCUUCGUCUCGAUCGCGGCCAUGAUGGUGACUUUUUCUGCUACUGUUGUGAUUGUUAUGGAUCGGCGGUGGGAGUUCGUGGUGCCGAUGAUACCACAUGCGUAUGUGUGAGGAUAAUCGAUGGUUGCCACCGAGUUCGAUGACUUUUUCUUUCUGUAUGUGGUUCCAUCUGAUUGUGAUGAGGUGUUCAUUCAGUAACUUUUUUUAUUUAUUAAUCCUCGCUUUUGAGGUUUUAAGCGAUCGUGGCGACAACUAUGUGUGAUAUCUUUGAAUUGAGAAAGAUCGAAGCAAUCCCACAUAGUACAAAUAUUUGAGCAUAUUGAAUAUCACCAUCGCAAGUUCCCUCACAACUCUUACAUGAUUGUAUGAUCAUGCUCGAUCUAAUUUCGAGUGUCGGUCUAAUUUUUAUCUUAUUUGUACUUUAAUUUCAACGAAUUAAAAUUCCACAUAUAUUGUAAAAUAACCUAGACAUCCUCCAUUAAUAUAUAGUAGAGUUUUGUAAACUUUUCUCCAUUUCAAAUUUCCUGCAAUGAGAGUGAAAAUAGAAAGGAUAAUUUUGUCUUUACAAUUAAUUAUUUAUUUCAUAAAAAAUUUCAAUAUCAAGACUCGAACCCGAGUCUCUUCAGACAAAGAUAGCAAUCAUAACCAAUUAUACUAAAUGUAUUUGUUGUUCCUUUUUUAAUACAAAACAUACAUGUAUUUAAACUGUGAAAAGCAGAGAACUUUUCCAUCAUGAUUAACAAGUGCACUAAGUCUACUAUAUGUAUUUUCAUGGUGCUUAAUACUUCAAUUUUCAUAGUACAGUUUCAUUUAAUUUUAUCAAUUUUAGAAUUCAUGCUCUCUCUUUUAUUUUCGCUAAAGGUAAAUUGGUAAUUGGCUAACAUGGAAGAAACUAUUUCCUUUACUAUGUGUUGUGUCCUUGCAUUUUUCAAUAUAAAUUUAAAUUUUGUGCCUUUUUUAUCUUUGUUCUUAUCUCUUUCUAAUUUUCUCCGAAAUUCCCUCUAUCGUGCAAUAGUUUGCGUGCUUUCACUUCCCAGUAUAAGGAGCAUUUGAAAAUCAACAUUCCGGUAUCUUUUGGCACUGCAGUUUUAUUCUUGGGGAUUUAAGCUGGACAAGUAGAAGAUUUCAACUCUCAUAUCAAUCCAUGGCCAAUAGAAUGGAGUUCAAUCAAGUAGUUAUGGCAUGGCCUUGAUUAUCUCGCUCGAUUCCUCUGCACUGACAUCACCCAAUGGUUCUGUCUCUCCCCGAUGUACUAUCAGAAGAACUAUUUUGCUGCUUCUAUUGCUGAAGGCAAUGUUUGAUCAGUUAUACCUUUCGCCUUUACUCCUCUUCCUAUACCAGGCAUUGACCUUUAAUAGGUUUUCGAUUUCCGAUCAAGGUUAAUCGCUUUACACAUGUAAGUUAUUCGUUUCUUCUCUAUGUCUCAUGGUUUUAUCUUUCUGAUUAAUAACAAAGCGACUUUUAUUUUCACGUUGUCUCAUGAGCACAACAUGCAUAAUAUCUAUUUAUUUUGAUCUUAUUGCCUGAAACGAUGCUUAAAGCUCGGGGGAUCUCCUGCGUGAUUUCUCCUCUUUCUGUUAUUAGGUUUCAACUUCAAUGUGUUUCUAUCUUCAUAUUAGGUUCAUCGAAUUGAACUGGCAGACUAUUAUUUCCUUCCCGCUUUAUCUAAGUUUUUUUUGUUUAUGAAUGAUUUAUUAAAUAUAGAAAAUGAAUUUGAACGAUGGUUUGGGUACUAUAUUUGUUUGUAAGCAAAAGAGAUGUUUGUGUAAAACAUGUCAGUUGUACUUUGCUAGAGCCCUGUCCACUUUGUUGUGUGUUUCCUGUACUUUAUUUUUGUUCUUUGCUUAGCUAUUGAAAUAAUAAAAUAAGAUCAAAAUGAGAAAAAAGGUUUCUUUUCAAUUACAAUAUUUCCGCUCAUAUGUGAUUUUGUGAUAACUAAUGUUCUCCGCAAUCAUAAUUUUCCUCAUUAAUUUUUAUUCUUAUCUCACUAAUCAAAUUUUGAUAUUGUUUUAGAAUUAUUUAUAAAUUGAGCUUUCAUGCAACACUCUAGGAGUUUGAGGUGUUGAACUUGGAGUAGAAGAGUUAGGAUUGAGUUUGAAAAUGAGAGUGGUGGGGGGAAGAAAAAUUCAACUGUAGCAUGUUAAGGCAGAGAAGAGGGAGUUACCGAGGGUAGUGAUCGAAUUGAGGAGGGUGUUGAAAGACGCGAAAGCAAAACUGGAGCAGUUAAAGAGAGAGAAGUGAGAGAUGAUGAGAAUAUUAAUAAAAAUGGAGAGGGUAUUGAAGGACAUGGAAGUGUACUGAAGCAUGUGAAGGCAUACAAGGGGGGAAAUGAGCAUAUUGAUGGAAUUGGAGAUGAGUUUUGGUUUUAGCGAACUUAUUACAACUGGCCUUGAGGAAGAUGAGUUGGCAAAACACAGGAAGAGGAUUGAGGAGUUGAAGAGCGAGUUGACAAAAACCCUAAUUGUAAGAGAAAUUGAGGGUCGCAGAGAGAAGGUCCAUCAAAGUAGCAGAAAUGGAGUUGCAGAAGGAGGAUUAGAAAGUGAAUGUUUGGUUGAAACAUAUGUUUCUUGAGAUUGAAGAUAGAGUAGAUAAAAAUUUGGUCGUUCAAUGGAGAGUGGUCGCUAUUGGACCAUUAGGUUUAUAGUUUUUGCAGCUACCACGACCUAUUUCUAUCUUAAAACGAGUAAUCAUUGAUUGAUUUAAUGAAGUAGGUUGAUUCUUUAUUCAACCUACUGGAACUGAUAGAUAAGGACUGUCUAAUUUUGCGUCAUAUUACUUUGAUCGAGUCUAUUAGUAUAUUGGAGGUAACCCAAUUUACUUUGAUCGUUUGCUCUCAAGUUUUGAUGGUCCACUCUUAGCCGAGUUGUUAGUAUAUAGUUGACUUGAACCUACAACUAUCCAUUUCUUUUUUAUUAGUGGCAUAUUGCCCCCAAAAUGAGAGCAUUGAACCAUUUACGUAGGAUUGUGAGGUUUUAGAUUCAGUUUCAAACUAUCUAUGGGUCGUGUGGGAAUUCCAGUGAGCUUUUAUACUCUAUCUUUCUUAACAAUCAACUAACCAAUAACAUAUUAACUGGGCUUAAUUAUCAUUAUGAAAAUGAGAUCAAUCAUACAUUUUUAUGUUUUAUUUUCUCAAAUGAUGAUGAUAUUUCUCUGAAUGUUCGACCUAUAUAUUCUUUCUUUAUGUAUCAUCUCGAUCGAAAGAUUGCCAAUAAAAUUAAACAGGUUGA